ACGGCCGCACCUCCGGCACCGGCGAAACUGGAGGCGCUGGGGAGGGCAUAGCGGCUGCUUCCGCCGGAAGACUGCCCCUCCCGGCCGGCCUGGCGCGGGGCACCCUGGGAGCCGCGGGGGCGGUGUUGCGUCGGGUCCUGGCGACAGCAGGACACGCCUCCCUUGCGUCCCCGGUCCCCUAGGCGCCUUUCCCCUCCGCCUUUCACCGUUUCGCGCUCCCUGAAGAGCCCCGCCUCUUCCCCCGGGUCCGCCACCCGGAGCCCUCUGUGCUCCCAGACCCCGCCUCUUACGGAAGCCGAGGCGGAGGGCCGAAAUCCGGAAGAAAAACAAUCAGAGUGAGCUGGCCGGCACCUGCCGCCAGAGAGGGGCCGAUCGGGCCAGGACCGUCUGCGGCGCGGAGACGAGAGCCGGCCGGGCCACCCCACCGUGGGGAUGAUGGCGGCCGUGAACCCACAGACCGAGCCGAGAAGCAGGACGCUCAGCAUACAUGUCGUGACAUGGAACGUAGCCUCCGCAGCACCCCCUCCAGACCUCAGUGAUCUGCUUCAGCUGAACAACCUGAACCUGAACCUGGACGUAUAUGUCAUUGGUUUGCAGGAAAUGAACUGUGGGAUCGUGAGCCUCCUUUCUGACACUGCCUUUGAAGACCCAUGGAGCAGUUUCUUCAUGGAUGUGCUUUCCCCUCUGAGCUUCGUCAAGGUCUCCAGUGUCCGCAUGCAGGGCCUCCUCUUACUGAUCUUCGCCAAGUAUGAGCACUUGCCCUUUAUCCAGAUCCUGUCUACUAAAUCCACCCCCACGGGCCUCCUCGGGUACUGGGGGAACAAAGGGGGUGUCAACAUCUUCCUGAAGCUUUAUGGCUACUAUGUCAGCAUCAUCAACUGCCACCUGCCCCCCCACAUGGCCAACAACGACCAGCGGCUGGAGCACUUUGACCGGAUCCUGGAGACGCAGAAUUUUGAGGCACAGGAUAUCCCCAACAUCCUGGACCACGACCUCAUUCUCUGGUUUGGAGACAUGAACUUUCGGAUCGAGGACUUUGGGUUGCACUUUGUUCGGGAAUCCAUAAAAAAUCAGUGCUACAGUGACCUGUGGGAGAAGGAUCAGGACUGCUGGCAGAGGGGACCGUGCCUUUCCCUCCAGCUCGGCAUUGCCAAGAGACACGACCCGCUGCUCCGGGAGUUCCAGGAGGGGCCCCUGCUCUUCCCGCCCACCUACAAAUUUGAUAAGAACUCCAACAACUAUGAUACCAGUGAGAAAAAGCGCAAGCCCGCGUGGACCGACCGCAUCCUGUGGAGGCUGAAGCGGCAGCCCCAGCUCGGCCUCCACACUCCCGCGCUGCCAGCCCCCCACUUCGCCCUGUCUUUGAGGAGCUACAUCAGCCACAUGACGUACAGCAUCAGUGACCAUAAGCCUGUCACCAGCACCUUUGACUUGGAGCUGAAGCCAUUGGUAUCUUCUCCGCGGGUCACCCUGCUUCCUGAGGGCCGGCGCACCGAGGAGACCGACAUGCUCAUCAGCUGCUCCCCGACUGCGGACUUCCUCAGCAGCCCCUGGGACUGGAUUGGCCUGUACAAGGUGGGGCUGCGCCACAUCAAUGACUACGUGUCGUAUGUCUGGGUCAGGGACAACCAGGUCUCCUUCGGCGACGGGCUGAACCAGGUGUACAUCGACGUCAGCGCCAUCCCUGCGACUGAAGAUGAGUUUCUCCUUUUUUACUAUAGCAACAGCCGACAGUCUGUGGUGGGGGUCAGCAAACCCUUCAAGAUCCGGCCUCGCUCCUUGGAGGAGGACCUACUGGAUGAAGCCCAGCCACAGAUGUGAGCCGGGAGAGAGUGAAUCCAGGGCGGAGGCCGGAGCUGGCAGCCGGCUCUGCCUGCCACUGCCAGGAGCACUGGGGGCCCAGCCCGGCUCCCUGGGGAGGCAGCGGUUUCCUCCACCUCCCGGGGGAGCUGUAGACAUACUCCUUUGCUCCCUCCCGUCCAGAUCUCUGCAUUUGGUCCCUAAAUACAGGUUUUGUUGCUGCGGUGUGAGUGAAACCAGCUAGCUAGUCAACAGUGAAGAUCUGGACAGUCCACUGAGUGUGGCAAGGACCCUCCAGCCUGCGUCUCAUUUCUAGAUUUUCCCCCACACACUUCCAGUCCCGCCUAAGCAGGCCUGCCAGGCACAUGCCCCAUCUGGCACAGGCCUGCAUUCUUGUCACGCCACCCCGGGGCCUUCGGCUGCCUGGGAGGGGGAGAUGCUCACAUUUGUACAGGCUGCAGAGACUGGUUGGCGCAGGCAGCACUGGGUUCCAGGAGUCUUGGCAUCUCAUUUCCUGUCCCCCUGAGGGUUGGGCAGAGGGUCUGGGAUCCCUGCUUUCCGCAGAAGCAAAUGACUAAGUAGGCAGGAUGGAGGAGCCCUCCACCCAGGCUCUUCUGUAGGGGUUGGGGGCAGGUUGAUGUGUCCAUCUGCCAGCAGCACACAUACACCCCACCCCCACCCGUGGCUUAAGGAGUCCACCCAGGAAGUUCCAGGGUCUGAGCAGAGGAUUGGACCCAGGUUCGCUUCUGCUAGUGGGUCAGGCUCCACACCCCCAACCUGCCUUCUUGUGAAGGGCUGGCAGGUGGUGGAGGAGCUGCGGCCACAGACUUUUCCAGGGUAGGCCUUGCCCAGUCCACCUCUGCCCCUACCCUUGCCUGCCGUCACUGCCCAGAAACCUGCCCUCUCUCUAGACCGCUCUGGGGCCUAGAAGUGGGGGCAGGCGGAGAGGAGAGCCAGAAUCAAGAUGUUGUGGAGAAUCUGGCCUGGGGGUGUUCAGAGAACAUUCUGCAGGUGCUAUGUGGACCGGCCUGGCCCCACUCCCACCAUUUGCCUCCCGCCACUGUUGAUUUAACGGCCCUUCUCCCAAGAAAAGACGCCUCAGGGAGCCUGCUCUGUGACUGUCACCCUGCGACCUGAGACUGAGGGACACUCUAGUUGCUCUGCAUUCUUACUGCACCCUGCGAGCUACCAGGAACUGUCCCUCUGGCUUCUAGCGGGCCAUGGCCGUCUGUGUUCUGUGGCUGUUGCAUUGGGGGAUAAUUAGAAACAUGGCUU